AUGUCCGAGCCGGCGACCUCUGUCACAGAGAUCCUGCUCCUGCUUCUCCCACUUGUGAUGAUUGGCGUUGCUAUGAUAUUUGUCAUUAUCGCACCAUUUGUAAUGUACCUUGUGCUGCGCCUACGACCCGGUGUGGCAUUGGGUGACAGAUCGGGGCCUAUCAAUGUGGCGUUUGAAGAGCAGCUCGAAAGCUCAUCGAGCGUAAGGAGUGCCUAUCAGCGGUGGCUGGAGCAGGCAGACGAUGGAACGAGAGCGGGAUUUGAGUGCGCGGAGCGCUGGUGCCAGCAGCAUCCGCCAAGGUCCCAGCGUGAUACUGACAUCACCAUGCCGCAAUUCUUGGGCAUCCAAGAAAAGGGCGUGAGUGCGUGGAAUUUCGAUCCGCCCUAUGAGGACAACCAAGGGGUCUUGGUAUCGUCUAGGACUGAAAUCCAGUUCCUUACGGACAGUGUCGGCAUGGCUCCUGAGGAGGGUGGCGCCUGUUCCAUCCAGAGCAACCUUCCACUGCCGAAACAAAAUGAAGUUUACUACUGGGAGGCCAAGAUGUUUAACAAACCUGCGACGACCAAUGUGGCCGUCGGGCUAUCGACGAAGCCCUAUCCGUCGUUCCGCGCUCCAGGUCUGUGUAAGCACUCCGUUGGCUACUUUUCGCAAGACGGUUCCAAGUGCUACAACCAUCCGUUCCACAUGCAGUCGUACGGGCCUGCGUAUGUUCACGGUGACGUUAUCGGUGUUGGUUAUCGUCCGCGGUCUGGGUCCGUGUUCUUCACACGCAACGGCAUGCGCAUUUCUGAGGCAUUUGUUGGGCUCUACAGCUACAAUUUGUUCCCGACGAUCUCGGCAGAUGGACCAGCCGAGAUCCAUGUCAACUUUGGCCAGGCGGGCUUUGUCUUUAUCGAGGCGAAUGUAAAGCGGUGGGGCCUUGCGCCCAUGGUCGGCACGCUGGCGCCGCCGCCGGCCUAUGGUCAGGACAAGGACAGUAUCCUGAUCGAGUCUGCGCAGAGCCCGAGCUCAUCGAGUCAGCUCCAGAGCGACACAGACACUGGCGAGCUUGUGCGCGUGCCGUCUUACGACGCAUCCGUGUUAGACACGGCGACGCCUCAGCAUGCCCCUCCUGCCGCGCAGGGUAUCUGCAUGGUUACAUUGCGUUCCAUGCAGGCGCCGCCACCCUACUCGGUGUCUGUGGGGAGCAGCGCGGCACCCGCGCAGGAGCCUCGUGACCUGCGUGGAGAACCUUCUCCCGCCACCCUGCGGGGCACCAUCCAUACAUUACAUGGCUGGUUCUCUGCUUGGCACCGGCCGCGCCGCGAUACCUCAGCCGGCACACCCGAGGUCCCGUCCACGGAGCUCGUCGGUGUGCUGGUGGACUAG